AUUCGAUUUUUUUAUUUCAAUUCGUCGCAACACUAUGUAACUAAAAGGAUUCAUCAAACAAUAAACAUCAUUCACAUUCAGACAUUCAGAAUACGUCAUUAUAACUUAUAGGACGUAAGGUGUUGAUUUUAUUAAAAGUUAUUGUUUAUGAACGAAAAAUAUAAUUCUAAAUAUUUUGAAAGUGUUCAGUAAAGUGCAAGUACCUAUAUUUAAAUAAGUGUAACUCUCAACGGCCAUCAUGUUGACAGAACUCCCUAACACAUACUUACUAUCUGAAGAACAGCGUCAGUUUUAUAUGGACAAUGGAUACUUGGUCAUUAAAGGGCUAUUUGACUUCGCAACAUUAUACAAUUAUAAACAGAGGUUUCUUCAAUUCUGCAAAGGCAUUGUGGAUAGGGGCAGCAUUCUUGUUGUAAAGGAAGCGUCCCUUAAAGCCAAGGGUAAGACAGGAGAGGAGUUGAUUAAUAAGCUUCAAGACAUCCAUUACGAUGAUGUAUUCAUGACGUAUACGGAACAUCCUCGGCUGAUCGACGUGGUGACGCAGUUCAUUGGCCCUGACAUACUGGUGAUGAACAGCAUGUUCAUCAAUAAACCUUCGGGCAGUACGAGGCAUCCUCCACAUCAGGAUAUGUUCUAUUUUCCAUUUGGUCCCGCCGAAAAAAUUAUCGCCGCUUGGACCGCGAUAGAUGACGUCAACGUCGAAAAUGGCUGCCUCUACGUGAUACCGCAAUCCCACAAACGGAACAUACUGUACCCACACGAAAACAUCGCCGCCGCUAACAAUAUGUACCACGGAAUCGUCGACCCGGCCGUGACCGGCCAGCCCCCCGUGCAGCUGGAGAUGAGUCCCGGGGACACCGUGUUCUUCCACCCCCUACUCGUACACGGAUCCGGAGCUAACACCAGCGGACGGCACCGCAAGUGCAUCUCGGCGCACUACGCGAGCGCGGCCGUGGAGUUCGCGCGCGCGGCGCCGCAGGGCGCGCUCGCGCGGGAGGUGGAGGGCGUCGCGCGCAAGAUCACCGGAGCCCGAAUCAGCUUCGAGGACACUUGGAGAUAUAAAAGUAAACAGGUAACAGUGCAGCCGAAGUCUAAGCUCUAACAGUCUAAGGUCACAUGGUCAUCGUUACGGGGGAAAGGCUACGAGCGACAGUAACUAUAUAUCUCAAGUAAAAAUGGACUGCAAUAAAAAAUACUAUGGCAUAUCACGACUUUAUAAACAAAAAUCAACGAUGUUAGAUGACUUUCUCAUAUAGAAAGUACUUUAGUACGGAGCUAAAUCUUAACCAUUUUGCGGGUUCAAACCCAAACAAACUGAUCUGUUAAGUAUUUACUUUAUAUGUAUGAUAAUUUCAUGCUCAAUUACAAAUACUGUGAGAAAAUUUUAAUGUCUCUGAUGAAAUUCUAUCCAUAAGCCCACAUCAGUGAAAUAGCUUCAAACCUGCUCAAUAUAUCUAUCAAUGUAUGACCUCAUUUGCCGCUUGAGACACGUUAGUUUUAAUAUUAAAAGUUCGCAUUACAGUAUUGAAUUUAUGGUCACCCUAUGGUAUGUAAAUUUAAACAUUAUCAUUAAAAUUACCAAAAACUGACUUUGUAACAUUUACACAGAGAUGCUGUACGUGUACUGUACGCAAAAACAUUUCUUAAAAACAAUUGUAAUAUUAAUCGUAUAUCAAAUAAACAACUCUUAUUGUUCUGUGAAGUUCCUAAGUAAUUGUUGUAAAAACUUUAUCUGGUUAAAAUUACCGUUAUGUUAUUUAAUAUUAUUUUAGAUAAAUUAAAGAGAAAUUACUAUUUUAAAUAAAUUUUAAUAUCGGUGUUGGAUAAAUAAUGGUGUAAUGUGG